AGGCCCUCCCCUUUUCACGACACGCUGCGUCCUCUUGCUAACGUUUGACGUCAUGCCGCCAUCGGAGGCGUAGAAAACAUGGCUGCUCCCUGCGAGUUGAGACGGUUCUCUCAAUUUUAAUUAUUUAAUAUUCAUUUCUGAACGGUGAUGUAUACCAAGGACAAGGUAGAAAAAAUGGAACCAUCUGCUGAGGUAAAAGAGAAGGAGGAAGAAGAGGAAGAAGGAGAAGCUGAUGCUGGAGAUGAGGAAGAUGGAGAUGAUGAAGAACAGGAAGAUAGAGGUGAUAAGGAAAAGGAAGAAAAAGCAAUGCCACAGGCUGCAGAUAAAAUUGAGAAAAAUAUUCCAUUGCCUAUUCAACCCAGAGAGAAAAAGCAGGCUGAGGGCCUGAACCUCAACAAUGAGGUGGUGAAGAUGAGGAAGGAGGUGAAGAGGGUGAGGGCGUUGAUCAUCAGGAAGCUGACACGACAGAUUGGCGGUCUGAAGAAGAAGAAGGGGACAGAGACAGAAAAAGAGAGGAAUCAGAGGAGAGCUGCCAGACUACUGGAGGAGAUCCACGCCAUGAAGGUCCUCUUACCAGACCUGGUGACCAAGACAGCCUUGCAGAAGAAUCUCAACUUUGAACAGGAGUGUAAAAACCCAAAGUCUACUAUUUCCGACCGGGCCGUAGCGCGCAUCGCCACCCACCCUCAGUUCAACAAGAAGAUUAAGGAUAUCAAAGCUGCUGUGAACGCCUUCAAACAGGAGCGGAUGAAGGGUGGACAGCAGGGAGGGAAUGAAAAGGUGCAAAAUAAAGCUGGAAAGGUGACUCCACAGUCGCCAGACAAAAAGGGAGAAAGACAGAGUAAGAAAGAAGAGGAGGACAUUAAAGUGGAGCAAAAGGAAAUCAUAGACAAUGAGGAAAGAGAUGGUAUCCUGAAAGACACUAAAGACGCAUCUGUUGCUAAACCUGGAAAAGAACCAGGGAAAGCAACUCAUUCAGCUGAUAAUGCUGACGCUCGAAGGAAAGAAAUGCCACAGAAUGAAAGACCAGCAUCAAUAAAAAGUAGUGAAGUAAAGGACAUUGUGAAAAAUAAACCUCAAAGUAAAUAUGCAGAAAAGAGACCCGAUCAUACGUCUGCACCUGAAGUGCUUCAGAAAAAGAAAGAUGAGGAAGAGAGUGAUUUAGAGCUGUCGGAUGAUGAAGAGAAAGAGUACUUUGAUGACAGCACAGAGGAGCGUUUCCACAAGCAGUCCUCCCAGUCUGAGGAGAGCGACGAUGACGACUUCUUUGUUGGAAGAGUGAGCAAAUUCAAGAAGAAGAAGCAGAAAAGCAAAGAAGGGGAGAGCGUCGGGAAGGGGCAUGAAGUGAAAGCAGACCCAACAGACCAGGUCCAGAGUAGACUUGAUGAGCUUGAGUCCAGACUGAAGUCUAAAGGGAGCUCGCUGCAGUCUGUUUUUUGUUCUUCCCUAUCUGCGUCUAAGCCUGGUGGGGGCAGAGGUGCAGGCAGAGGGAGAGGUGGGGAUACAUUUAGGGGCCAAGGGAAACCAAAGGGCGGCAGAGGUCUAAAUAGAGAUUUCAGUAAACAAUCCAAGUUCCAAAAUCAGGAGACAGACACAGAAAGAAAGCCAGGGUCCAAGUACAGCAAGCCCCGCCCUGAGGGCAGACAUCCUGAGUUGGCAGAGAAGGGCUUUCCCUCCGGUAGAGGGAGGGGGCGAGGCAGAGGUGAUGCUUUUAGGCAAAAGGAUCACAGGGGUGGAGGUGCAUUUUCCCAUCAAGCACCACAGCAGGCACUGCAUCCAUCCUGGGAGGCCAGUAAGAAAAGGAAGGAGCAGCAAGGGCAAAUCCUGGCCUUCCAGGGGAAGAAGAUCAAGUUUGACGACAAUGACUGAAACGAUUUUUCUGUUUGUUUAUUGAUGCUGAAUACAUACCUUUGGUUGAGUGUCUUACAUGUUUGUUAUCUGGCACACUAGUGAAGUGUAAAGGUUGUCACUUAUUCUGUUGGAUGCUCAAUACCAGUAGUGGUGAUCUCAGUAUAGUUCAGUGACAAUGUGUUUUUUCAUCCUUAUAGCUGGCAAAAUACAACAAACAAGGAGAUUUUUUUAUAAAACAUCAAUAGAAGUAUGUUUUUAAAAAUAUUUUUAAUCCUAAAUAUGAUUUAAUUCUAAGCUGUGAAAUGCAUCACCUGAAGCAAGUCAUUUUUCAUAGAAAAGGUUUACCAGUUAACAACAGUUUGAGGAACAUGUCAUUUGUAAGACUGCCAGUUCUGUGAGAAAUUCAUAAGUGGGGGCUUUGGGAAGUAAUAUUGUUAGAUUUUUUUAUGUAUUAACCUGUACACAAUGUUACUGCUUUGUCUAAAAUGGUAAUUAGGGCCCAGUUAUUGUAUUGUACACAUUCUCUGAAACUGAUGUACGGUGAUAAACAUCUUUUGCAGCAAGACCUUAA